CUCAAAGUUUACAAUGUCUUGAAUGUCAGGAACUUCCACGCCCUGAUGAUUGUCGUAUAACAACAACUUGUUCCGGUAACAGUAUGUGUUAUGUGGAGCAAGUCGUUACAAGCGGAGGUUUGAUACUCUAUAGCAGCGGAUGUGCCUCUGCGAUGUUGUGUUCCAUAAAACGAUCUGUCACAAGUCGUGAUUUGAUCAAACGUCAGAAUUUAGUGUCUAAGACAGAUGUUGUUACAUGUAUGGAAUGCUGUGAAGACGAUUUUUGCAAUAUAGUAGGCUGUGGCCAAAUAGGUUCAAAACCGCAACAAAGACCACCAAUAUGCUUCGAUUGUCAACACCAGCUGAACCCUACGAGUUGUCGGGAUGCAACACUUUGCAAUGCAGACCACAUGUGUGCAUUACAACAAAACGGCCAUGAUUGGAAAAGUGAAUGUGCGCCUACACUUCAAUGCAAGGCAAUGGAGCAGCUUAGUUUGAAUAACGUUGCUGGACCCUGUCAUACAUGUUGCAAUGACGACUUCUGUAACAACAAAUGUACUCUUCAUAACAGUGGAACAAUUACGUCACUGUCACCUACUUCAGAUACAACAAUAUCUUCAAAACUAAAUCAAACAAAGAUUAUGACACCAACAAAACAAUUGUCAACAAUAAUGGCAUUAACAAAUAUAAGUACUACAACUUCAGCCUCUGGUGCAUCUUCAGCAUAUACCACCACCUUCAUGCCAAAGACAUUCGCGUCAACCACAUUUUCAGAGCCACCUGCGUCGGCAACAUCACCAUGGAGGCAAAUAUCUACAACGUUAUCAGGAGGUCUAGCGUCUUCAACAUCUGCAGAAGCUCUUUCAUCUUUAACAUCUGGAGGGGCUCAAUCGUCUUCAACACCUGCAGGAACUCUAUCGUCUUCAAAACAUGCAGAUAUCUUCUCGUAUCCAACAUCCCCGAAAACAAUAGUAACAACUUCCUUCGCGUCUACUGCUCAAGUACAUGUUCAAUCGACAGAAAAAGUGUCUACUAUUCAUGAAGAUAAAUCAUCAAUUCAAACAAGUCAGGUGUCGACCAGAACAACAUCUUUUACGCCUUUAGUUUCUGUAACGAAAGAUACUUCAUCAAUAAAUUUAACAAAAGAUCCAACUUCCACCGUGCAGACAACUUUAUCAUCACAAGAUUGUAACAAGACACUUGACAUAUGUUUUAUUGUUGAUUCAUCAGGAAGUCUUGGUCCUGUAGGAUUUGAAAAAGAGUUAAACUUUGUCACGAGUAUGAUUUUAGCUAUCUCGUCAAAGACAUCAGCAGAUGCAGAGUUUUGUGUCAUAACAUACUCAACAAGAGCACGUGCAUAUAUCAAACUACAACAUUAUCACACUGUCGCAGAAGUAAUCCACGCCAUUGGAAACAUACCAUACAUAACUGGAGAGUCGUACGCUUACCGUGGUAUUCAUCAAGCACAUAGUCAGUUCAGCCACAAUGGACGUCACCAUGCCAAGAGUGUAACUAUUCUUAUAACAGAUGGUCACUCCACUGACCCAGAUAGAACAGUACAUGAUACUGAUCAUCUCCUACAAAAUGUUGAUAAAUAUGCUGUUACCACCGGUUCACAAACGAACACAAGCGAACUGCCGCAGAUAGUUUCUGGACCAAACCAUCUUUUUCAAGUCCAGGACAUCAACCAUUUAGAUGGGAUACAAAUGAAACUUCUAGAAACUCUGUGCAGCAGUGCAUGAGUUUCCGGAAGUUUGGCUUUGGAAAAUUCUAUUAGACCGCCACUUCCAAAAUCUUCUGAAAUUCUUGAUUAUUUUUACAAAAAUGGUUAUUCUAAUAAACGUUAUUUAGAUUA